CUCCUUCCUUAACUAAUAGUAUUCAUGGUGAUGUAGCGAUAAUGGAACGAACGCCACUUAACAUUAAUAGACGCGACAACGUGAGUCCUGGCGAGUAACGCUUUCUUGUACCUGGAAAUGUAAUGUUCUCUUUAUCGCUCCCGGCUUCCUUUACGAGCGGCGAAGGAAGGGCUGCGGGACGAGGGUGUGUGAUAGGGGCGAUAGAGGUGGAAGGAGGUGAUCCCCAACUCUUUUGUCUUACUCGGUGCACCAUUGUUUUGUAGCUUCCGUAUCCUGAUCCGUUGCCAUAAAGAAAGUUCCCAGGUGUGGCUGAGUCCUUUCAUCCUAUUUCGUCUCUUGAGGAUAAAAGAAAAGACUAUGAUAAGAUAAUUAUUCUCUUUCCCCGUCCCAUACAUAAAUAAGAGUGGAUUUGAUUUAGUUACUCCUACUAGUGAACGUUUUCUUGGUCGAUUUCGUUUGAUUCUCACAGAGGACGCCACUGUAUUGGCCUCAAAGCCGUACCAUUUGACCACCUGUCCUCACAUUCGAGAAUCCUUGGCCCCCCAUCACCCAAGCCUCCCUGGCCUGGCCUCGCUGGGAGCUCCCGCUUGUUAGUUCCGAGAGAGCGCUUGUCGAUGCCAGUGGGGAGGUUUAUGGGCCGCUCCAUUACCGUGCGGGGUCCACUUCGGCGGCUCCUGAACACGGGUCAAUUACGUGGCUGUUGACCCAAGAGGACGGACGCUGAAAUGAGUAAUGAGGUGGAGUUCCCAGGCGCGUGUCGGCCAGGUGUGCUGCUGCCGGGGCAGGUGAAGGGGCCAGAGAGUGCUCGUGCUCAACAAGUAUCCCGUCACGUUGAAUUAAUUAUGAAAGGCUGAGUAUAUAUAUAAUUUUGAUAAAAUAACGAGCAAAAUGAUUAACAGGGCAAACAUUUCCUCGUUUAUUCAAGCUAAAUUACGUUCAUUAGUGCAUACAAUCAUUAAUUACUUCCCUCUCGUCCUCUUUUUGCUCUCAACUUUUCUCUAUUUACCUUCUUCCUGACCUUGUGUGUUUCGGGGCACUUACUCGUGACCUUUUCUAAGUGCAAUUAGCGGCCCAGGAAGGCAGCGGCCGCCCUCUUAUGUAAAGGUCACUCGUUUGAUGGUACUGUUCAUGGCAAGGGAGUUAAGUUGAUGGCCUGAGGGCCGCUCCGGCACCUCCCUAUACUGUCACGUGUUGAUGAUUGAUGUUUCGUUCGUUGUACAAUGGUUACAAUUAAACACAAUAUAAUAAUGUAUGUUUGAUCCUCAGGAAGCAAAGCCUAGUACAAACAGGUAAACGGUGAAUGAGUUAGUGAGAGAGAGGAGAGUGUUGUCUCUCCGUCCAGGACCAAAGUGUUGCCACUCUCAGGAAAGUAAAAACCUCGGCAGCCCGGCUCAGUGCUCGCCAAGACCAGCCAGCCGCGAGAACCAACCACUUGGCCGCACUGAAACUUUUCUCGUGAUUCUUAGUGGACCGUGUCAGGCGUUCGAAACUCUGAAGCAGUGAAACUCGAUAGUAUUGGAAGCCUAAAGUGAAGUGAAUGUGUUGAAAGUCUGCUGCAGGACACAAGGAUAUCUAUUUGGAGUCCUUGUCUUGCUCUUGUGCUGAAGGGAGCUGUGAAGGGGAGCAAGUGCCCCUCCUUCCCCCGCCCGCGUCGCCAUGCUGGAGGUGCUUCACGCCCGCCGUCGCGCCUACUCGGACUUCGGCGUGUAUGUCGACCCUGACCAUGGCCAUGUGUCGACGAGCCCCAGCGUGGAGAACGUGGACCAGCUGGGAGCGGACGGGCCGGGGGGCAGCGGGGGGCAGCACCAGCGCCUCCUCCACUCCCGCUCGCCCAGCCCCUCGCCCUCCAGCCGGUCGAGGUCGAGAGACAGACGGCCGUCCUCCUCCACCAGCCACGCCACGGGCCACCUCGCAGCCCACGCCUUCCACCUCAUGGUCACCGUCCCCCAGAACCUGAGCAAUGAUGACCAGGUGUCGCCGCCGACCAUGGGCAAGCUGACACCGGACCUCCUCGCGGGCAACCACUAUGAGGCCGACAUCUCCGACCAGUCCGACGGAUGCCUCGGCGUCCCCCAAGGGUGAGUACACAAUCUACUCCUCUCCUGACUGUUCUAAAUCGCGCCACUCCUCUGCACGAGUCAGCAGCAGCUGCCUCAUGUGAGUGGCACGGCGCCGUGCUGGCACUGAGAGGGGGAAUAAUUGUCAUGUCCACUGCCCGACUUGAGACGCAGCUAAUUAAAGCAAGAGGCUCCUUUGGGGUAAUUACGGAGAGGCUGCCGUGAAGGGCUUCUCUCGGCGCCCGGUGCCUCACCGGCGCGUGGCCUCAGGACUCUAGGGUGCAUGGCGGCAGGGACUGCUCAGGAUCCUCGUGCCGCUAUUCCUUCUGACCGGCGUGCAUUGCGUUGGAGUAUGUUGAUGCAAGUCUUGUGUUGAACUGUCUUGCGUUGCGCUGCGGAAAUCGUGGUUCUUAUUUUCAAAAGGGGAAGAAGACGCAGAUCACGUCAUUCCAGACAGCGGAGUGACGGGCUGCGAGGGGCGAGGAGGGAAGGGGGAUGCUUGAGGUCAGCCGGCGGUCGAUAACGUCCUCGGAACGCCUGUUGCCCUGCGUCAGGACGGGAAUGUCCUCUGGAGGGCAGCAGAACCCUUUUUACCUAUAGCUUUCGUGCCGUCACACAGACCUCAUCCGUAGUAUUUAUUGUGGAGGCUCUGCACCUUCGUAUCGAAAACUUUAGCGUGCAACACCUCAAACUUAAACGAAACGAAGCGCGCAACUUGAACCAGACGCUUCACCCCUUUUUUUCUCAGACAUAAGAAAUACACGAGUGUUUAAAAAAAAAAUUGGGCCCUCGCAGUCUCAGGGAAGAGAACAAAGCUUCAACUCCCACUAGGAUCACGUCUCCGCCAGUCCACUCCGUCCACAACGACCCCAAGCCCCGCCCUGCCGCCGCGGGGCCGUCUGGGGCAGACCGUCGCGAGGCAAGGGCUUCUCUUCACUUUGCUGCUGCCAAGUUUUUUUUCUUUGACGUUAUUUCAUCUUUCGUCCUCGAGUUGGUUCGCUGAAGAAGAAAUUAUAGGGAAAUUAUUUUUAUUCCACGUUUUCCUUCGCGAAUUAGAGGUUGGCAUGGCUUGAAUGUUGCCGGCGAGACGCUUGAACAUUGUCAUUUUCAUUAGGGCGGCGGAUGCUAAAUGUAUCCCGCACAGGCGCUGCUCGCUCGCCCGGGGCCCCGCGGCGUGCAGCGUGCAGGAAAAUAUUACUCAAAAUGUUGUCAGGGGAACUUUACAACUUUACAUUUUUACUUUAUAUUUUUAUGUGUGUGUGUGUGUGUGUGUGUGUGUGUGUG